AUGGUUAUAUCCCGCUCUCCAGCUGCAUCAGACGUCAUGAAGGACAAAAUCUUCAUGAAUAACAUCGCCCUGCCACUCGAGGACUUUAUCUCAGUCCUCGCUGGAGACAUAGACAGUGGUCUAAGAUUUAACAGGCACGUCAGCUGGAUCUGCAAAACAGCUUCUUUGAAGGUGACAGCCCUUCGACGCAUAUCCCACCUCUUAAAUCCUCAGGGAAUACUUACACUAUACAAGUCCCAGAUCAGACCCCAUUUAGAAUAUGCCUCGUUGGCCUGGUCGUCUACUGCGCCCACCAGCCUCAACAGGCUGGACAAAAUAGAAAAACGGGCUCUCGGGCUUAUCCAGGAAGCCAAUCUUCGCCACAUCGAUGCGCUGAAACAUCGUCGCGACGUCGGGGCUCUAACGGUGCUCCACAAGGGCUCAGGUGCAGCAGGUGCCUCAUCUAGCCAGCCUCCGCCUCCCACCCCACGGCCGAGAGAGAAGUACGAGAACG